AUGGGCGCGCUUUUUAAGACUUUCGCGACCUGCGCUUUCAUCCUGAGUGGUGCGACAGCGGCGCCGACGAAUGAUGCGAGUUUCAUCACACGAUCCCUCGGCUUGACCGUAGAUCUCGGUUAUGCCUCUUACAAAGGCUACCAAAACUCUGCAACAAGCCUCCGUAUCUGGAAGGGGAUCCGAUAUGCAGCGCCUCCGACUGGUAGCCUUCGCUGGAAAGCGCCCCAGGGACCAGCAAAGGUGGAUACCAUCUAUAAUGCGACGACCUUCGCUCCAGCAUGUCCUCAGGCGUAUCCUGCAGUACCUAACGCGCCCUUCAUCCCCGGAAACGAGGAUUGCUUAUUUCUGAAUGUAUAUGCGCCGUCAGACGCGAAGACUCUUCCUGUACUUGUGUGGAUACACGGUGGCGGUUAUGGGUUCGGAGAUGGGAUGCAGGAUAUGAGCGAGAUCAUUGCAGCCAACAGGAAUGGGUUCGUUGCUGUUACGAUUCAGUAUAGACUGGGUGCAUUUGGAUUCCUCUCGUCGAGCGAGGUCAAGUCAAAGGGCGUCGUCAAUGCUGGUAUUUUGGACAUGGCCUUCGCACUUGGGUGGGUGCAGAAGUACAUCACAAAGUUUGGAGGCGAUCCCGCGAAAGUCACGGUCUCGGGCGAGUCUGCUGGUGCUGGAGGCGUGCUCCUUCUUGGUAUUGCGAAGAACGGUAGUCUUGGAACUUCCCUGUUCCAGAAUAGUAUCGCAGCAUCGCCAUAUCUCCCGGCUCAAUAUGACUAUAACGCCACAUUUCCGACGCAACGGUACCAGGACUUUGCCUCACAGGCCGGAUGUGCAGGUUCCUCCGACGUGGUCGCCUGCCUGAGGAACAAGGACUCGACGACCCUACAGCAGGCAAAUGUUGCUGUCACGUCAGCGAGUGUCUACGGCACCUGGGCAUUUCUCCCUGUCACCGAUUUCACCGCUAUUACGUCUCGUCCCAGUAUUGCGCUCCAGCAGAAGCGUGUCAAUGGCAAGAACAUCCUUGUCGGCAACAACGCGAACGAAGGAGCUUUGUUCGUGCCACCCAUUAUUGCCACGCUCGACGAUCUUAAAGCAUGGCUGCGCCAGGAAUUCCCGACCUUUACAACAGACGAUAUCCAACAUGUGCUCGAUGCAUACCCAAGCACCGACGGGCCUGUCAAUCCUUCAGAUCUCGAAUUUGCAACUAACGGUCUUGGCCCCGCGACGGCGGUUAACGUCAGCCAGAUCGCAACCGGCCAACAGCAACGUGCCAACAACAUACUUGCUGAAGCAACAUUCAUCUGUCCCUCAUACUGGCUCAACAACGCCUACUCUGGCUCCUCACGCACCUCGUACCACUACCAAUACAGUGUGCCGUUCGCGAGUCAUACUGAUGACAUACCGGGUUACUUCGGCCCCGCUACGGCCAACCAAUCGCCCUCUUUCGCUCUUGCUUUCCGCCAAAUCUGGGGCAACUUCAUCAAGACUGGAAACCCCUCCGUGCCCGCAGACCCCGUCCUUAAGAACUUCCCCACCUGGCAAGAGGGCCAGGUUGCCAAGAUGGUCAGCUUGAAUACCACAGGUGGAACGCCGUAUGAGGUGACCACGCAGUUUGGAGCUACUGUGACCCAGUUUAGCGACCCCGGGUUGCAGAAUGAUUUUGAUGCUGUGAAUGCGUAUACAUGGGAGGGUGGAAGGGGAAGGAGAUGUGAGUUUUGGAGUAGCGUGGCAGGAAGGGUGUCGAUUUGA